UUUACUAUGAACAUUUAAAUUUCAGCAAUCGUCUAAUAAAAAAUUUACUAAAAUUAUUAUUAUUUAAAAUUUUUUUUUUAACAAUGAAUAAAAAGUGUUUAGUUAAUCACAUUUUUAUAUUAAUGAUUUUUGUAUUUCGUGCAAAUGGUGUCUCAGAUAAAAUGCGAAGUUGCUUCAGUGCACAACAAACUAAACAUGUAAAAAAGCUUGCUCGUCCUGCAGACGAACUCAGGAUUAUGGCAAUUCCUAAUAACCCAGAUUCUGAAUUAGUUAGAUCUUUAUAUGCGAAACAAUGUAUUUUUGGGGAAGUAAUUGACAACUUCAUACUUUGUUGGAUUAUAAGGGAAGGAAAAAAAGGAUCUAUUCUAUACAUACCACAUUAUAUCUAUGUUUUUUUAUUCAAUAAAAAUGAUUGGCCUUUAGUAGAAUAUAUUUAUCAAUCGGAAGCUACACAAAAAACAUUGAUUUUAGUGACAAUGUGUACUAAUCCGAAUGUAAAUGAUGGUAAUCAUUGGGUAUUGGGUGUAAUUAAUUUGUACACAAAAAAAAUUACUAUUUUAAAUUCACUAUUGAACCCAAAUAAUGAAGACCAAGAACGGUAUAAACAACAUUUUGCAAUAUUAUUUCAAAUACUACGUACAUAUUAUAAAACAAAGGAAUUUAAAAAUGGUCCAAGUACCAAAUCAGCCAAAAUUAAAGUAAAUAAAUGGCAGUUCAUAUUAGCUAAAAAUGCAGAAGAGCAAUAUAAUUCUUUUGACUGUGGUUUAUAUGUUUGUAUUCAUGCGUAUUGUUAUAUUACUAAUACACAAUUUUUUAGAUUAACAUCAAAAUUUGGUAGAGAAUGGCUCUAUAAUAAUCAUCUUUCUUACAUAAAAAUGUACUAUCGAAGUCCAAAAUGCUCAAAUUCUUCUAAUUUUCAAAGUGAUGUGAAAAAAAUAAUUGAUAUGUGUGGCACAGAAAUAACUGAAUUGGAAAAUAAAAUAGAUAAGCGUAUCACAAUCAGCGAUGUCAAUGAAAACGAGCUUAUAUAUUAAAAACAUUUAUGAGUAAUUAAACAAUUAUAAGUAUAAUUAUAUAAUUUAUGAACUUAGAUACUAUUUGAUAGUAAAGAAGCAAACAUGUUCGGGAAAUAUUAAUUUUUAAAAAAUUAUUUAUAAAACUUAAUACUUAAGUGUUAAAUAAAAUAAAUUUUUUUAAAUAAACGUAAAAUAAAAUUUUAUUUUACGUGUAUAAAUUCUAACAUUAGUGUUCUAGUUUAGUUUGUAUCUAAAAUCUUAUUGAUUUAAUUAUUGUUAACUAUUUCUUUUUUUAAUUGUUAAUAAAUACCGACACAACUAACAUAAUAUCAAAAACAGUUUA